AUGGAGUGUCUCUUGACGGGUACAAGACACUGGCUGCGGAGCUCCGUGUCUCAAAUCCGCUCUUUCCCUGUUGGAACGGAUCCUUCAUUCGCUUCAUAUCGACAAUAUGUGCUGGUUCCGACUCCCCGGCGCAUGAACGGACACAGCCAAUCCGACCAACCCAAUACCCCAGCUUCCCUAGAGGAAACUGCAGAGCCUCUUCAGGCCUACCCUCUGUCAGGAUACUAUUCAUUGAUAUUGAAAUCGAACUCGCCAUACGCUGGUGGUGCACCGACAUCACGCCCGACACCCACUCGGCCCGAGGCCAAACCGACGCCGGCAUCUACUGUCGCACCGCAAUCGCCCCAAGAAAGAAUGGCGAUCGUUUUUGGCAGCCCUCUCACCGGUCCAGGCCGAACCUCGCGCUACAAUCCUGGUGAAGCUCCUCCAGAGUCAAUGUGGAAAACUAUAAACGGAGUCCCCAUUCCUCCCCAACCCGAGGAACCGGACAACUGCUGCAUGAGUGGCUGCGUUCACUGUGUCUGGGAUGACUUCCGGGAUGAGAUGGAAGACUGGGCAUCCAGGAUCACAAUGGCUAAAGCUAAAGGUGGGCCUGAGAAAGGAACACGGGACAUGCGCUGGGCACCUCGGGCGGAAGUCCGCGCAGCCAGUGGAAGCAUGGAUGAUGAUGGCGGUGGCAGCGAAACAAACUGGACACUGCCGUCUGAACACGAUGACCUGUUUUCCAAUAUCCCUGUUGGUAUUCGGGAGUUCAUGAAAACCGAGAAAAGGUUGCGGGUGAAACGUCAACAUGAGGGUCUAGCUACAGUGUGA